UUGAGAUCGGAUAAUAUGCCGGACAGGAAGAGUAGAGGACGGCUGCUGCAGUUGGCCGUGGCUCUGGUGGCCUUGCUGUCGCUCUGCGCCGAGCUUGGAGACUUUGCAGAAGUGCUGGAGACCGGGGACAGCGAGCUGGUGACCAAGCAGACCGACUCCAGAGCCAGCAGGGCCAAGAGGAGAGGAGGGUCAGACGUCCUCAGAGGACCAAAUGUUUGUGGCUCAAGGAACAACGCCUACUGCUGCCCAGGCUGGAAGACUCUGACUGGAGGGAACCAGUGCAUUGUUCCAAUCUGCCGGAGCACAUGUGGAGAUGGAUUUUGCUCCAGACCCAACAUGUGCACCUGCCCAAACGGCCAGAUCUCUUCAUCCUGUGGAUCCAAGUCAGUACAACACUGUAAUAUUCGUUGUAUGAACGGGGGAUCGUGUGCUGAAGACCACUGCCUGUGUCAGAAAGGCUACGUGGGAAACCACUGCGGUCAACCGGUUUGUGAAAAUGGCUGUCAGAACGGAGGACGGUGUGUGGCUCCCAACAGAUGUGUGUGUACUUACGGCUUCACCGGGGCUCAGUGUGAGAGAGAUUACCGUACUGGGCCAUGCUUCGCCUCGGUGAAUAACCAGAUGUGUCAAGGCCAGCUCACAGGCAUUGUGUGCACAAAGACUUUGUGCUGCGCCACAGUGGGACGGGCGUGGGGUCACCCCUGUGAGAUGUGCCCUGCUCAGCCUCAGCCCUGUCGGAGAGGGUUCAUACCAAACCACCGCACCGGGGCGUGCCAAGAUGUGGAUGAGUGCCAGGCCAUCCCUGGCAUCUGUCAAGGAGGAAACUGUAUCAACACAGUGGGAUCCUUUGAAUGUAAAUGCCCCGCUGGGCACAAGUUCCACGAGGUCACACAAAAAUGUGAAGAUCUGGAUGAGUGUGCAAACAUUCCUGGUCUCUGUGGCGUAGGUGAAUGCUCUAAUACUGUUGGCAGCUACUUCUGCAAGUGUCCACAGGGAUAUUAUACCUCUGUGGAUGGAUCCAGGUGUAUAGAUGCUCGUGGCGGGUUUUGCUACGCUAGCCUGCUGAAUGGGCGCUGCGCCAACCAAAACUCACAGCCGUUGACUAAAAUGCAGUGCUGCUGUGACAGUGGACGCUGCUGGUCUGAUGGGUCAGCUCCUGAAAUGUGUCCCAUCCGUGGAACAGAGGAGUACCAGAAACUGUGCAUCCAGAUACCUGAUGGCAACGGUGGAGGGUUUGUACCUGGUCGUGUUCCAGGAGGCCCCGACCUACAUCCGUAUCCUGGUCAAACACCUGCUCAAGGUCCUGGCCAGGUGCCCUUAAUUCCUGGUCAAAUUCCCAUCCCGGGUCAAGUACCUGGUCAUAUUCCAGGCCAAUAUCCAGGUCCUUUUCCAGGCCAAUUCCCAGGGCCAGGACAAUAUCCACAAUUUCCAGGACAGCUACCUCUACAGCCUCCGUUGCCAGGUCCCGUUAUCCAAACUCAGAACAUCACCAACAUGUGCCAGGCCUAUCGCAACCUCUGCCUGAAUGGUAGGUGUAUUCCGAUGCCAGGCGUUGGAUAUCGCUGUGAGUGCAACAUGGGCUUCAAGUUGGAUUCGCGAGGAGAAUGCGUAGAUGACGACGAAUGUGAGCGAAACCCUUGUGCACAUGGAGAGUGUGUGAACACGCCCGGGUCUUACAUCUGUCAGUGCCCCGCUGGAUUCCAGACAACAGCAACCAGAACAGAGUGCCGAGAUCUGGAUGAGUGUGUGGCCAACGGUCGAAUCUGCAACAACGGCCGCUGUGUAAACACAGUGGGAAGCUUCCACUGUGUCUGCAAUGCUGGCUUUGAGAUUUCAUCAGAUGGCAAGAACUGUCAAGACCAGGACGAGUGUCUGAUCAGGAAUAUGUGCCUCAAUGGAUUGUGUAUCAAUGAAGAUGGCAGCUUCAAGUGCAUCUGUAAACCUGGAUUCCUGCUGGACACGAGUGGACGCAUGUGUGUAGACAUUGAUGAGUGUGAGACUCCAGGAAUGUGUAUGAACGGCCACUGCCUCAACACGGAGGGAUCCUUCCGCUGUGAGUGUAUGGCCGGGAUGGCUGUUGGCCUGGAUGGACGGGUCUGUGUUGACACGCAUAUGCGCAGUUCUUGUUAUGGUGGCUACAAGCGAGGGCAGUGUGUUAGGCCUUUAUUUGGAGCUGUGACCAAGUCGGAGUGCUGCUGCGCCAGCACAGAGUACGCCUACGGAGAACCCUGCCAACCCUGCCCACCACAAAGCUCUGCUGAGUUCCUGGCUCUGUGCCCCAAUGGGGGUGGCAUAACUGGUGAUGGAAGAGAUAUAAACGAGUGUGCACUCGACCCUGACAUAUGCCAGAAUGGCGUGUGUGAGAAUAUGUUGAGGACCUUCAAAUGUGCCUGCAAUGAAGGAUUUGAAGUAGACCUGACGGGCAAAAACUGUGUUGAUAUUGACGAGUGUCUGAUGAACAGACUGCUGUGUGAAAACGGUCUGUGCAGGAACACACCUGGCAGUUUCACCUGUCAGUGCCCCAAAGGAUACCGGUUUGAUCCUGAGACAGACAUCUGCGAGGAUGUGGAUGAAUGUAAGUCUAGCCCGUGUAUUAAUGGAGACUGUAUGAACAGCCCAGGCUCCUAUGUGUGUUUGUGUACACUCGGCAGUUCUCUAGACAGCUCUGGACUGGAGUGUAUCGAGACAACUAAGAGCACAUGCUGGUUGAAGAUAGUGAAUGAUCGCUGUGAGGUCAACAUCAAUGGGGCGACUCUGAAGUCACACUGCUGCGCUACGCUUGGAGAGGCCUGGAACAGCCCGUGUGCCAAAUGUGAAAAAGAUCCAAUCUGUGGUAAAGGCUUAGCUCGAGUGAAAGGAAAUGUCUGUGAAGAUGUGGAUGAGUGUCAAGUGUUUCCCGGAGUGUGUAUCAAUGGAAAGUGCAUCAACACGCCAGGCUCCUUCUUCUGCCAGUGCCCUCCUGGAAUGACUGUGGAUGUCAGUGGCAGGACGUGCAUUGACCUGCGCACAGAGCAGUGUUACCUCACCCACGAGGACGAGCGCUGUGGGACUCCUAUCUCAGGGAAGCACCGUGUGGACGCCUGCUGCUGCUCGGUGGGUGUAGCCUGGGGCCCCGAGUGUGAUGAAUGUCCUGAGAAGGGAACUCCGGACUACACCCAGCUCUGUCCUCGAGGCCCAGGCUUCUCACACAGGGGCGACUUCAUCAACGGCAGACCUUUCCUUAAAGAUAUAAAUGAAUGCAGGAUGAUAAACACCCUCUGCUCAAAUGGAAGGUGUAGAAACACAAUCGGGAGCUUCCGCUGUCGCUGUGAUAACGGCUACGCCCUGGACUCGGAUGAGAGAAAUUGCACUGACAUCGACGAGUGCCGCAUCUCCCCGGACCUGUGUGGACAAGGCAGGUGUCUUAACACACCAGGAGAUUUUGAAUGCGAGUGCUUCGAAGGCUAUGAAAGUGGCUUCAUGAUGAUGAAGAAUUGCAUGGACAUCGAUGAGUGUGAGAGAAACCCUCUGCUGUGCCGUGGAGGUGAAUGUGAAAACACAGAGGGCAGCUUCCAGUGCAUUUGCCCUGAAGGACACGAGAUCGCCACUGAUGGUUCGGCCUGUCUAGAUAUUAAUGAAUGUGAGUUGAGCGACAGGCUGUGCAGGAACGGCCAAUGUGUCAACAUGAUCGGUCGCUACCAGUGUACCUGUGACACAGGAUACAAAUCUACUGAGAACAGACUGGAAUGUGUCGACAUUGACGAGUGCACUAUAGAGAACGGUGGCUGUGAGACUUUUUGCACCAACUCAGAGGGAAGCUAUGAAUGCAGCUGCCACAUCGGAUACGCCUUGAUGCCGGAUCUGAGAAGCUGCACUGAUAUCGAUGAGUGUGAGGAGAGCCCAGAAAUCUGCGAUGGUGGCCAGUGUACCAACACCCCAGGGACGUACCAGUGUCUGUGCUUUGACGGUUUCAUGUCAUCAGAGGAUAUGAAGUCUUGCCUGGAUGUGGACGAGUGUGAGUUGAACCCAAACAUCUGUCUGAGUGGGAACUGUGAGAACACAAAGGGAUCCUUCAUCUGUCACUGUGAACUGGGAUACUCUGUACGCAAGGGCACCACAGGCUGCACAGAUAUCAAUGAGUGUGAGAUCGGAGCCCAUAAUUGUGACAGGCAAGCCACAUGCACCAACACAGCUGGAAGCUUUAAAUGUAACUGUGCUCCAGGGUGGAUUGGCAACGGCCUCAAAUGCACAGACCUGGAUGAGUGUUCCAAUGGGACACACAUGUGCAGCAACAACGCUGAGUGUCUGAACACCAUGGGUUCAUAUCGCUGUUCAUGCAAGGAAGGAUUCUCUGGAGAUGGAUUCUACUGCUCAGACAGCGAUGAGUGUGCAGAGAACGGCAACCUGUGUGAGAGCGGCCACUGUCUUAAUCUGCCUGGAGGAUACCGCUGUGAAUGUGACAUGGGCUUCAUCCCCACUGUGGACGGCAAAGCCUGUGAAGACAUAGAUGAAUGUACCUUUGCUGACAUCUGUGUCAACGGACGCUGCAGGAACAUCCCAGGGCUUUUUAGAUGUGAAUGUAACAUCGGUUAUGAACUUGACAGGAGUGGAGGCAACUGCACAGAUAUCAAUGAGUGUAUAGACCCGACCAUCUGUAUUAAUGGAAUCUGUGUCAACAUCCCUGGAAGCUACCACUGUAACUGCCCUGCAGACUUUGAACUCAACCCCACACGAGUGGGCUGUGUAGACACUCGCUCUGGAAGCUGCUACCUGGAUGUUCGUUUACGAGGUGAUGCAUCAGAGAGCUUGGACUGCUCCAAUGAGAUCGGAGUUGGCGUUUCCAAGGCGUCUUGCUGCUGUUCCCUGGGCCAGGGCUGGGGAAAUCCAUGUGAAAAUUGCCCGUCCGUCAACUCUACUGAGUACAAGACGUUGUGUCCUGGAGGAGAAGGGUUCAGACCAAAUCCCAUCACAGUCAUCUUAGAAGACAUCAAUGAGUGCCAGGAGCUGCCCGGCUUGUGCCAGGGAGGCAAGUGCAUCAACACCUUUGGCAGCUUCCAGUGUGAAUGUCCGAGAGGAUACGCCCUCAACGUAGAGACCAGAGUCUGUGAAGAUGUCGAUGAGUGUGAACGACCAGGCAUCUGUGGCCCAGGCAAUUGCUACAACACCAUCGGGAACUACACCUGUAUCUGCCCUGUGGACUACAUGCAGGUCAACGGAGGAAACAACUGCAUGGACAUGAGGAAGAGCUACUGCUACAGGAACUUCUACACAGACAACGGCACAUGUGACGGAGAGCUGACCUUCAACAUGACCAAAAAGAUGUGCUGCUGCUCCUACAACAUUGGCCGUGCAUGGAAUAAACCCUGUGAACGCUGUCCUGUGCCCAGCACUGAUGAUUUUGCGAUCCUGUGCGGUAGCGAAAGACCCGGAUAUUACAUCGACAUCACCACUGGACGUGUCAUUGACAUUGAUGAGUGCAGGGAAAUCCCAGGUGUGUGUGAGAACGGAGUGUGCAUCAACAUGGUCGGCAGCUUCAGGUGUGAAUGCCCCAUUGGCUUCUUCUACAACGACAAGCUGCUGAUAUGCGAAGAUCUUGAUGAGUGUCAGAAUGGACCAAUGUGCCAGCAGAAUGCAGCCUGUCUGAACAUGCCUGGAAGCUACCGCUGCGAGUGUAAAACUGGAUAUCGCUUAACCUCCACUGGACAGUGUCUGGACCGUAAUGAAUGCAUUGAGAGCCCUGGUGUAUGUAAUCCUGGUCAGUGCAUUGACAUGCUGGGGAGCUACCGCUGCAUCUGCCCCAAUGGCUUCAAACCAACCAGAGACCAGUCGAUGUGUGUGGACGUGGACGAGUGUGAGAGACAACCCUGUGGAAACGGGACGUGCAAGAACACAGUGGGCUCCUACAACUGUCUCUGCUACCCCGGCUUCGUCAACUCGCACAACAGUGACUGCAUAGAUGUAGACGAGUGUUCCACACAGAGGGGCUUGUGUCGAAACGGCCAGUGUGUGAACACCGUGGGCACCUUCAUGUGUGUGUGCAAUGACGGCUAUGAGCUCACUUUAGACGGCAGGCUUUGCGCAGAUAUAAAUGAAUGUGCCGUGAAUCCAGGCACAUGUGGCGCAGGAACUUGUCUGAAUCUGGACGGCUCCUACAGGUGUAUCUGCCCGCCGGGCUACUAUCUCCAUGAGGAAACUUGUGAAGAUAUCGAUGAGUGCUUCCUGUCUCCGGAGAUCUGCACAUUUGGAACCUGCUCCAACACUGAAGGAAGCUUCACAUGCUCGUGUCCCGACGGCUUCCAGAUCUCUGACUCCGGACGCAGAUGUUUAGAUAUCCGGGUGAGCUACUGCUAUACCAAGUUUGAAAAUGGCCGCUGUCAGGCUCCAAAGCCUCAGAACACGACAAAGGAAGUGUGCUGCUGCACUGGAAUGCCCGGUCAAGGCUGGGGAGACCCCUGUGAAAUCUGCCCCACUAAAGGAGAGGAAGGGUAUCCUCUUCUCUGUAAAAAUGAGGGAUAUCAACGGGGGAAAGACGACCAUCAAAAAGAUGUCGAUGAAUGUCUCAAUAACCCUUGCACAAACGGUCAGUGCAUCAACACAGACGGCUCUUUCCGAUGUGAAUGUCCCAUGGGAUACCGUUUGGACAUAAGAGGAGUCACAUGUGAAGACACAAAUGAGUGUGAGAUUGGAAAUCCCUGCGGCAACGGCACGUGCACAAAUGUCAUUGGUGGGUUUGAGUGUGCAUGUGACGACGGAUUUGAGCCCGGACCAAUGAUGACCUGUGAAGAUAUCAACGAAUGCGCCCAGAAUCCUCUCCUGUGCGCCUUCCGCUGUGUUAAUGUGGUCGGCUCAUACGAGUGUAAAUGUCCCACCGGCUAUGUGUUGCGUGAGGACAGGAGGAUGUGUAAAGAUCAGAACGAGUGUGAGGACGGUAUAGAUGACUGUGCCAGCAGAGGCAUGACCUGCAAGAACCUGAUUGGUACAUACAUGUGCAUCUGCCCCCCUGGAUACACACGCUCGCCCGCUGGGGAUGGUUGUAUGGAUCUGAAUGAGUGUUCAGCCAAACCAGCGAUCUGUAAGAACGGCCGCUGCGUGAACUCAGUGGGAAGCUACCGCUGCAACUGUGACAAUGGAUUCGUGGCUAACCCUACGCAGACUGAAUGUAUUGAUAACCGUGAAGGCUUCUGUUUCACUGAAGUUUUGACCACUCUGUGCCAGAUGACCUCUAGUAACAGGAACAUGGUGACCAAGUCAGAGUGUUGCUGUGAUGGAGGCAGAGGCUGGGGCUCAAACUGUGAGCUCUGCCCCCUGCCCGGGACCACCCAGUACAAGAAGAUGUGUCCCCUUGGACCUGGGUACACCACAGAUGGCAGAGAUAUCGAUGAGUGUCGUGUGAUGGGGAACUUGUGCAAAAACGGUCAGUGUAUCAACACUUUGGGCUCUUACAGCUGCACCUGCAAACCCGGCUACACCAAUGACAUCAGCAGCACACUGUGUGUGGAUGUGGACGAGUGCAUACAGGCACCAAAGCCUUGUAACUUCAUCUGUAAGAACACAGAGGGAGGCUAUCUCUGUUCCUGCCCCCGUGGAUACAUCCUACAGGAAGAUGGGAAGAGCUGCAGAGAUCUGGAUGAGUGCUCGACCAAACAGCAUAACUGUCAGUUCCUUUGUGUUAACACCAUCGGUGGUUUCACCUGCAAAUGUCCUCCUGGCUUCACCCAGCAUCACACCGCCUGCAUCGACAACAAUGAAUGUGCAUCGGACCCCAAUCUGUGCGGCUCCAACGGUGUCUGCCAGAACACUCCGGGAAGCUUCAAUUGCGACUGCCAGCGGGGAUUCUCAUUAGAUCCAAACGCACAAACCUGUGAAGAUACGGACGAGUGUGAUGGAAACCACAGGUGUCAGCAUGGCUGUCAGAACCUGGUGGGCGGAUACAGGUGCAGCUGUCCACAAGGCUACCUUCAGCACUACCAGUGGAACCAGUGUGUGGAUGAGAACGAGUGCUCGAACAGCCAGAUCUGCGGUGGAGCAUCAUGCCACAACACCCUGGGGAGCUUCCGCUGCCUCUGCCCCACCGGCUUCAACUACGAGCAGACGAACGGAGGCUGCAGCGAUGUCAAUGAGUGCUCCACCAGCCAGAACCCCUGCAAGUUUGGCUGCUCCAACACAGACGGGGGCUACCUCUGUGGAUGUCCGACAGGAUACUUCCGCGCUGGACAAGGGCACUGUGUCACAGGUUUGGGCUUUACGAGUAGCGGCUCCACCCCUGGAGAGGGAGGUGAAGAGGACGAGAAUUCCCUUUCUCCUGAGGCCUGCUAUGAGUGUAAGAUCAAUGGGUAUCCCAAGAAGGGACGUAAACGUCGCAGUGCAGGCUCAACACAGGAGGAUCCUCAGGAAGACCUGCAGCUGACCGAGGAGAGGGUCAGCCUGGCCAGCGUGGACAUCGAGGACACCCUCCAGUUCCACCUGAACGUCAGCGACCUGAGUACCCGUGAUCACAUCCUGGAGUUCACCCCUGCCUUAUCCACCCUCGAGGACCAUGUGCGCUACAACAUCGACUACGGGAACGAUGAAGGCUACUUCAAGAUCAACCAGAGAGAGGGCGUCAGCUUCCUCCAUCUGAACAAGAAGAAGGCCCUCCCACCCGGGGCAUACUUCCUACAGAUCAGCAGCAUGCCUCUCUACAGGAAGAAGGAGCUGGCUGAGCUGGAGGACCAACACGAUAAAGACUACCUCACAGGACAGCUGGGAGACGUACUGAAGAUGAGGGUGCAGAUCAUCCUCCAUUAACCGUCACAAGACUGAGGCGGGCAGAUGUUGCCAUUAGCUGCUGAUCCAACGUCAGGCUCACACUUCCCCAGAGGCAAAACAUCUCUGACUCUGGAUCAGUGGUUUGAGGUGACUCCUACUUGCUCCUACAAGGAGAAGAGCUCGCCACCAAAGAGACAAGGGGACGGGGGGAGGGACUGCAUCAUUUGAUUGCCAAAGAUGAUUCUACAUAUCAUAGAUACAAGUUCUGGGCAAAUGCCAGCUGAGUGGGGCAGUAUGAAAGAUUUCAGUCAAAUGAAGAGUCCUGACACGCGACAUGAGCGGUGGGAAGCACUAUUUAGAGUGUGAAUGGCUUUUUAAUGUAGGGUUUAAUGUUGUACGAUGAUAUGUGGAAUCAGGUGCCACUUUGAAGGGCAUGAGGACUGCAGGAAGCUCUAAAAAAUGGUUUGUUUUUUUUAGAACUCAAUGUAGGUGGAAUAAAAGGGUAGGUCCUAAUAGUCUAAAUAAAUUCAUUUCCUCCCCUCAGGUGAAUGACUGCACAAACCUGGAUCAAUGAAAGUCAGCUCAUUUUUCCUUCCCCAGAUGUUAAUUUAUGGAGUGAAAAUUUGAAGAAAAAAAACAAAAAAAAGGUAUACAAAUGCUAAGGAGAGGAAAGGAACCCACUAUGGACUAUUGAGAUGCAGCCAUGUCUGAGCUUGAAUGACUCCUACUGCAUAUUUAACUAUGCUUUUCCAUCUUUUCUACUGACUAGAAUAUUUCAUAUUUACUGGUGCUAGCAACACGACCACAUAGACUUCUGAAUGCACUGUACUACUAUACAAAACUCUGUAGUCAACAAGAUACAAUCCCAUCGGCCAUUCUGAAGAUGUCACGUCUUUGCAACAGUAACAGCUAGCUUCAUCGCCUGAGCGCUCUCCUCUAUAGUACAUGUAAAUUGUGUUUAUACUGUAAUAAUCAAUGCCACUUUUAAUCUAUGAAGCAUUUGUAAACUCUAGGAAGCCCCUGGAAAAGAGGGGUUUGUAAUGGUGCUUAUAAUGACCAACUACUUCCUUUGUAAACUGUAUACAUACACACACCUGCACACACACACAAAACACACAUUGAUGAUGCCAAACCUGGGCCUUCAUGAUUAUGCACUGAGGUCUUUGUGGCCACACAUUCUCUCACAAGUACAAUCAGUGCUGCAUUGCCACAGACCUGCCUGACACCAGUCUGUGUUCUCUGUUCACAUCAGUGAGGGUUUAGUUGUACAUUCACAAUAAAAACAUAUUUUUGGUGUUUAUGUA